AUGCUCCUGGCCUCGGCCGUGGUGGUCUGGGAAUGGCUGAACGAACACGGUCGCUGGCGUCCCUACAGUCCGGCGGUGAGCCACCAUAUCGAGGCGGUGGUCCGCGCCGGUCCCCGUGCUGGAGGCAGUGUGGUGCUGGGCCAGGUGGAUAGCCGUCUGGCGCCCUACAUCAUCGACCUGCAGUCCAUGAACCAGUUCCGCCAAGACACGGGGACCCUCCGUCCAGUUCGCCGCAACUACUAUGACCCGUCCUCGGCUCCCGGGAAGGGCGUGGUUUGGGAGUGGGAGAAUGACAAUGGUUCCUGGACACCCUACGAUAUGGAAGUGGGUAUCACCAUCCAACACGCCUAUGAGAAGCAGCACCCCUGGAUCGACCUCACUUCCAUUGGCUUUAGCUACGUCAUUGACUUCAGCACCAUGGGCCAGAUCAACCGGCAGACCCAGCGCCAACGUCGUGUCCGCCGCCGACUUGACCUCAUCUACCCCAUGGUCACUGGUACCUUGCCUAAAGCUCAGUCUUGGCCAGUCAACCCUGCGUCAGCCACCUCGUCCCCUGGACCACCCUGCUCCUGUCCACAAUGUGUCUUGGUGAUGAGUGUAAAAGCAGCUGUUGUCAAUGGGAGUACUGGGCCCCUGCAGCCCCCAGCAACCCGCAAGAAUAUGCCCCCUUCUGGAGUGGUUAAGCUGCCCCCACCACCAGGCCCUGGGGCUAAGCCGCUGGACCCUUCAGGCACUAUUCGAGGCCCAAUGAAAGCUGCCCCAUCACAGGUGAUCCGGAGACAAGUCUCUAAUGCACCGGCUGGGGCAACUUCAGGCUCUCCAGCCAGCCCUCUAGGAACCAACAGCAAGACAGGAAGGGUCGCCCUGGCCACCUUGAAUCGUACCAACUUGCAACGAUUGGCCAUGGCCCAGUCCCGUGUGCUGAUUGCCUCAGGGGUCCCCACUGUCCCAGUGAAAAACUUAAAUGGGUCCAGUCCUGUCAAUCCUGCCCUGGCAGGAAUCACUGGGAUCCUCAUGAGUGCAGCAGGAUUGCCUGUGUGUCUCACCAGACCACCAAAGCUGGUCCUACAUCCACCUCCUGUCAGCAAGAGCGAAAUAAAGUCAAUCCCAGGGGUUUCCAACACAAGCCGCAAGACCACCAAAAAGCAAGCCAAGAAAGGUAAAACCCCAGAAGAAGUACUGAAGAAGUAUCUGCAGAAGGUCCGGCAUCCACCAGAGGAAGACUGCACCAUCUGUAUGGAGCGCCUCACAGCCCCCUCAGGCUACAAGGGUCCACAGCCAAUGGUCAAGCCUGACCUGGUGGGGAAGCUGUCCAGAUGUGGCCAUGUCUACCACAUCUACUGUCUGGUUGCCAUGUACAACAAUGGGAAUAAGGAUGGGAGUUUGCAGUGUCCAACCUGUAAGACUAUUUAUGGGGUGAAGACAGGCACACAGCCUCCAGGGAAGAUGGAGUACCACCUCAUCCCCCACUCUUUGCCUGGCCAUCCAGACUGCAAAACCAUCCGGAUUAUCUACAGCAUCCCCCCUGGCAUUCAGGGGCCAGAACACCCAAAUCCUGGGAAGAGUUUCAGUGCCCGUGGCUUCCCUCGACACUGUUACCUUCCAGACAGCGAGAAAGGGAGAAAAGUUCUGAAGCUGCUGCUUGUGGCCUGGGAUCGCCGCCUAAUCUUUGCCAUUGGUACCUCCAGCACCACGGGCGAGUCAGAUACUGUCAUCUGGAAUGAGGUGCACCACAAGACAGAGUUUGGCUCCAAUCUCACUGGCCAUGGAUACCCAGAUGCCAAUUACCUGGAUAACGUGCUAGCUGAACUGGCUGCUCAGGGCAUCUCUGAGGAAAGCACUGCCCAUGAGAAGGACUGA